AUGAGGCCAUCACGACAACUCCAGCCUAUUUACUCUCGAUUGUCUCAUUAUAUUCGACGGGCACCGUGCACCCCAAUCUUACGCUGGAUUUCAUCUAACAAGCCCUCUUCUCUCCCGACUCCUCCGCCUGCACCAACCUCCCAGCACAAUGACCUCCCAUCGUUCCUCGCGUACGCGACGCGAACCUCUCUCUCCCCCAGCAGUACAACCUACGUAGGCACCCACUACGAAUACACCGUCCUACACGCCCUCCGAUCCCACUCCCUCAACCUCACUCGCAUCGGUGGCCGCGCCGACUCCGGAAUCGACCUCGUCGGUACAUGGCAUCUACCGUCCCACGCACACCCACUCCGCGUCAUCGUACAAUGCAAAGCAUUCCGCAAUAAGCUCGGUCCCAAUCUAAUCCGGGAGCUGGAAGGGACGUUUGCGGGUGCGCCUUCCGCGGGAGGCGACCAAGGGAGUGAGAGAUGCGUUGGCGAAAAGCAAGUUUCCGCUGAUGUGGAUCCUAGCGGACGCGGAAGAUGGUGUGAUUAG